AUGGGGCAGAGCUGCAACUGCAGCGCCAAGCCGCGGGCGGAGGGGCCCCCCAAGCCACAGGCGCCGCAGCGGCCGAGGGUGGAGAACGAGCCCUGGACAGCCUUUCACCUGAAUGCGUUCCAGGUCUCCUCCGCCGCCUCCUCGCGGCCGACACGCGCAGAGGAGAAGCAGGGCUGGUUGCGGGUCUACUCCCUCGGCCGCCUGCUGGGAGAUGGGAUCAGCGCAAAGGUCUUCGAGGCCGAGGCGCUGGCUGAUAUGCCAGACAGCACAGAAGAGGCCGCGAUCCCGGAAGUGCCUGUGCCCUUCAGCAGCUGUGGCGCCGUGAGCGCGGCCAUGCCCCACUGCCUGCGCGAGCACGGACGCAAGGUCGCCAUCAAGCGGUUUCAUCGCCUUGGCAGCCGGACGUUCAUGAAGGAGCUCAACGCCCUGAAGCGUGUGGGCACGCAUCCCAACGUCCUCAGACUGCUGGAGAGCUACCAGGGCUUCAACGGGGAGGACGUCUUGGUCUUGGAGUAUUGCAACGGCAGCACACUCUACGACCUCUAUGCCCGGGAGCACCCGAAGGGUGGGUUGCCGGAGCGGCUGGUGGCGCGGCUGCUGCGGCAGCUCUGCAUGGCCUUGGAACACCUGGCCUCCUGCGGAGUGGAGCACCAGGACGUGAAGCCUGAGAACAUGAUGCUCUUCGAUGUCACUGUCUCUGCCUUCCAAGCGGAGCUGAAGCUGGGGGACUUUGGCUGGGCCGCCAUUGCGCCGCCGCCCGGGGAGGGCAAGCUGCAGAAGCCGCCGCCCACAGGCGCUGGCUCCCUGUGGUACGCACCACCGGAGCUGAAUCCGCCAGUGGAGGGCAUCGAGCCGGAGCCUCCGGCGGUGGACCUCCACGGGGAGCCCAUCAAGGGCCUCAGCGACAUGUGGAGUGCAGGGGUCGUCCUUUACUUGCUGCUGGUGGGGCACAACCCCUUCAACCAAGCCCUGAAGCAGCCCCACCAGGAGGCCCAAGACCAGGAAGUGCUGCGCCUCGUGGCCAUCGGCAACUACAACCGGCGGACCGAGAGGUGGCUGCAGCUGCAUCCCGACGCGAGAGACCUCAUCGCCAAGCUCCUGCGAGUGCAGCCCGGGCAGAGGUGCUCGGCCACGGAUGCCUUGCGCCACCCCUUUGUGACGAAGCGCACUGUCGCCGGGCGCGUGGCAGGCUACGGCGGCCAGUCCAGCGCGAUCUCCACCUGCAUGGAUGGGGAGCACUCGGUCUUCUUCCAUGGCUCCGUGGCUCCUUGGGCCGGGCGGGAGCGACGAUGGCACCGCCUGGACGGGUUCCAGCGCCUGGCCUGGCUGGCCAUGGCGCGGGCCGUGGCGGAGCCGGAGAUCGACCGCGCCGUGGUGCAAGGCGCGAUGGAGGGCAUGGAGCACGAGCGCCAGCGGCAGCUGAAGCACGGCGGCGACCUGCGCGAGGCGGGGUACCUGUGGCAGCUGGCCCGGGAGCUCGGCUGCGCGCCCAUCUUCCAGUGGCUCCAAGACCGCUCCGCGUGGCCGGACGCCGUGCGGUUGGCCUUCGGCUUCCUGGACGCGGACGGGGACGGAGUGCUGAGCCUCAGCGACCUCCUCUGCCACUUCGCAGGAGCUCCCGUGCUGCAGGGCACCCCUAUGGCUGUGGCAAAGGCGAGCCCCGUGCCGAGCGCCGAGCUGGCGAAGAGCUGGAUCCAGCGGUGGCAGGUGAAAGACAAGGAGCUGCCGGGGCUGCCGCUGGCGGCCUUCCGCGAGGCGCUGCUCGGCUCCUGCGGCGAGGACGCCCUCUUCGGGGCCUUGGAGGACGAGGACGACGGCCUGGUGGCUGACACCGAGAUGGAGGGCCCAGAGCGGGCCGUGGGGGCGCGAGGCGCCGAGCAGCUGCAGACCUGGGGCGGGGACGGCACCGGGGGCACCGGCGGCGAGAAGCGCGGAGCGCUCAGCUUCCCAGGCCGAGAAGAUCGUGCCGAGAUGGUGCGCCGCUUCGAAUCGGGUUGCCGAUGGCUUACGAGCUAUGUCCGCUCCGCUAGCAAGUCGGUUCUGGUGACAAGGUCCUGCGGCUGCCUGCAAGGGCUUCGGGCGUGCUUCUGGGACCGGACAGACAGCGAGGAGGAGCGGCAGCGCUUCGAGCAGUCCGUGGCCUUUCUGCGCUCCGUGCCUUUGUUCCGGCGGCAGCUGCCCAGCUGCGAGCUGCCCAAGUUGGCCCGGGACCUGAGGCGCAAGGUCUGGAGGCCAGGAGACAAGAUCGUUCACCAGGGCGAGGUGGGCCGCGCCUUUUACCUGAUCCAGUCUGGCAUCGCCUCGGUCAUCGUCACGGACUGUGAUGGCAAGGAGCACGUGCGCGCGUCCCUCAUCGCUGGGGACUACUUCGGAGGGCACACCCUGGUGGCGGAGCGAGAGAAUGUCGGCACUGUGGUGUCACAGGGCCCAGAGCUGCUGGUGACACUCUCCAUGUCCAGGAAGGUCUUUGAAGAGUCUGGGCUCAAGGACAAGCUCUUCUUCCCCAAGCGGCCGGCGCUGUACAUUGACCCCGUGCCCGGAAAACGGGAGCCAUCGGCGGAGGUGUUGAGCGGGUCCGAGAAGACUCCACAGGAGCAGGCAUUCCUGCUCGCAGCCCUGAAGCACAACGUGAACCUUCGCGCCCUGCACAACGUCAGCAACGAGGUGAUGCAAAGCAUCGCUGCCGCAGCCGUGCCAACCUUCGUCCCGAAGGGCAGAGUUGUGGCGCAGAGCGGCACGCUGGGCCAGGAGUUCUUCGUGGUGAAGACGGGCAAGUUCCACGCGAUUGUCGAGGCCGAGAACUUCGAGGGGCAGAAGUCCGCGGAGGCCACGGUGGCGCAGCUCACCAUGUCGGAGAGAUUGAAGCGCAAGCAGGACUUCAUGAAGAGCUUGAGCUGCCGAAAGGGCUCGAACCAGUACAAGGCCAACUUGCACCACUCCCAGUCCGUUCGGGUUCCGGCGCCCCGCGGGCCCAAGGCCAUGUCCGAGUGGGCGGACGACGUGCUGGCGGCCUUCAGAGAGCGGGGCCACACCGCCUCCGCCUCGCCCUGCAGCGACUGCCGGGCCUCGACACCGAGCAGCACUGCGGCCUCGAGGGGCGACCUCUUCCACAUGUGCACCUUUCAGGUCGGGGACAAGGUGAAGCUGCAGCCUGGGGAGGUGCCAUGGAUGGUGACCGGGGUGCUCAUGGCGAGCUCCCGCUUCCUCCGAGGCCUGGCCCUGGCGCUGCUGGCGUGCUGCGCGCUCUCGGCGCUGGACGCCUUCGUGGCGCCUCGCUUGGCGACGAAUCGCCAGAUGCGGGGCGGGGUGCAGAUGCAGGCUGGCGAGUACACAGGCUUCGUGCCGGACAUGCAGCGACGACAGCUGAUGAACUUUGUGCUGGUGACCACGGCGGGCAUCCCGGUGCUUGUGGCCCUGGGCUGCUACCUGUGGUACUUCGUGCCUCCUGUGGCCUCUGGCGGCGGUGGCGCACAGCUGUGCGGAGAUUUGGAUGGCAACCCCGUCACCCUGGAAUCCUGGGUCAAGGGCCACAAGGACAACGACCGCGAGCUGGUGCAGGGUCUGAAGGGUGAGCCAUACUACCUGAUCUCCACCCCAGACAACAUCAAGGACUUUGCCCUGCUGUCCGUUUGCACGCACCUUGGCUGCGUGGUGCCUUGGAGCAAGGCGGCAAACAAGUUCUGCUGCCCUUGCCAUGGAUCUCAGUACGACGAGAACGGCAAGGUCGUGCGCGGCCCCGCCCCGCUGUCCCUGGCUUUGGCCCACACCACCACUGUCAAGGGCAACUUGGCUCUUAGCCCCUGGACUGAGCAGGACUUCCGCACCAACGUGGACCCUUGGUGGAAGUGA